GAAAUGGACGUACAAAAAUUUUGACAGAAAGUUGUGUUAUGAAUAUCAGAAACUAUAUGUGUAAUAUUUGUACAUACAAAAGCCUGCUAUACGUGGACCAAGCAGGCUAGGCACUACUGUGCCAAGCUUGGGUAAUGGAUCCCGUUCGUCCAUGGUAUGCAUCAUAUAAUCGUCUUGCUGCAAGUAGUGCAACCAGUACAUUUCAACCAACAACUUCAAGCACAAACAGUGAUUUUGUAUCUCAUCAUUUAGCAACAGCUGCUGGUCAAGCAGCUCCCUCAACAACAUCACAAUUACUUUUACAAGCAGCUCAUACAACAGCAACUCUGGCGGGACAGCCAUCUCCAUUUAACCCUGGGGGGUGUCUAUCUACACCCCCUGUGGGAUAUGAUGUAUUCUCACCUUUAUUUCACCACCCUAAUCCUAAACAAGCACAUUAUGUUACUCAACAUAGACAAGCUCUUGCUCAAGCACAAGUGUCAGUAACAAAACAAAAUACUACAACAGAGUCUGAUAUCCCUGUACUAAGAGAAAAUUAUAGUUCCACACAUCAACCAAUAUUUUUUGAACAUCAGGGUGCAGCAACAUCUCCUACUACAUCUACAUUGGCUUGGACUCAUCAGAACAACGCACAAUUACCUAGCCCAUUUGGUAUAUUGCCUCAUGAAAGUGUUGUUCCUUCAUCUCCAGGACCAUCAUCUACCACAAAACCAACAAGUGGUGUUUAUGAAAAUACAUUUAAUUCUCAUUUUGCUACAACACAAACUAUAAAUAAUUUAAAUUCUCAACUAACUACCCCUUCUGUUUCUGCUGCUGAAUUUAAAUCAUCCAAUUUUCCAGAUAGUAAAAACAAAAUAAAUGUAAGACCUCAAUCACCAACAGUAAAUGUCAAAUCAGUAGUUUCUACGUCACAAACAAAUAGCAAUCAAAAUUUUUUUCAACCAGUACCUACUACAUUUAGUUCUGAAACAUUAACAAAUAAUUAUUCUACUGGUAAUGGAAAUCAAACACCCAAUGGUAAGGUACAACCUCCUCUUCAGCAUCAACAAUCAUGCAUUGUUUCAACUACAAAUAAUGCAGCCAGUAAAGAGUAUAGAAUUCCACAACCACCUGCUAGAUCAGUUGCAUCAACAACAAUAUUUUUAAAUACAUCUGUUAGAUCUGUAUCUUCACAAGUUCAAGAUAAACAAUCUACUCGAAACUUUGCUUCACCUCCAAAUAAAGCAACUUCUACAUCUCAACAAAAUAUUCAAACUAAAGCACAGACAAAAAUAUAUCCAGAAUUAAAUACACAUAAUAAUGAACAUAGACGAAAUGAACAAACAUCUCAUGAUAAUACCCAAUCAUCUCCUAUCAGUUUUUCUAUUAUGGAUUCACGCAGUUUGAAUUAUACUGCCGGAAAUAAUACCAAUUGUACAAAUACCAGUGCAAAACUUAAUAACAAUCAAAGAACUCAAUCAAAUAGUAAUUUACAUGCUCAUUCUCAACAAUCACAACAGCAACAGCAGCAACAAUUUCAUGUUUUAAAUCAACAACAACCACAGCAGCAAACAUCAUAUAGACACUAUCUAGGAUCUACGGCUGAUUCUGAAUAUCAUCACUCGGGAAGAUCAAAAUCUGCAACUUCUACUGAUUCUGCUUAUUCUUCUAACAAUUCGACACAAAAUGGACCAGAUUGUAGUGUUGUUGUACCAAGAAGACCAAGUCCAUUGCAAGCACAUUCACAAGCAAGUCCAUUGGGACAUGUUCCAAGCCCUGCUUAUCCUAUGUAUAAUAGCCCAAUGGCUACAAUAUCUUCUCCUUCGCCUUUACAACAACAUGCAGAAAACGGAAAUCAAUGUGCAAGUGGACCACCAUAUAAAGGAACUGUUCAACAACAAGUUACACCACAAUCACCAUUAGAUGUUACAGUACCACGGCCAGCAUCUCAAGGUCAAGUUGCUUAUUCAUCAGUUAUCACAAGAGCUUUGGGUGCUGCUGAAAAUAAAACCACCUAUAAUACAGAUAGUAAAACUUAUGACAGACAACAACAAGAUUUUUCACAAACUCAGAAACAAAUUUGUUGGGAGAAUGAUAAUCGGCAACCAAAUACUAAUAGAAAAUUUUCUGUUACUUUAUAUACUGGUGGAAAUCCUGAAAUAAAUCCUCAAACCUUACCAGUUCAGCAACAAGUACAACGAGUACUAAAUGUUUCUGAUAGACAACAAUCAUAUUUUGAGUCAAAUCAAGUGACUUUACAAGACUUAAGUAGUUGUAGAGGAGAUCCUAUGAGUAUAGUGAAGAAUUUGCAGACUUUACAGCAAGGUUCUUGCCAAGUACAACAACAGCAACAACAACAACAACAACAAACUACUGUUCCUGUGGCUCCAACUGAACAACAAAAACAAGUAGAGGACCGACGCAAAGCAGAUACUACAAAUAAAAAAAGAAAGAGUUUAGAAAAAAGUGGACAUAAUUCUUUAAAUGAAAUAAGUGGAACAGCAACAACAAUGACAGAAUAUUUAAGUAGGAUACCACCACCUGCGCAUCAUAAUACAAAUCAGCAACAACAAAAUGGUUAUUUCGAUUUUGAAAGAUGGAAUUUACCUCCACCCCCUACCAAAAUGUUUCCUAGUGCAUCAGGUGCUUUCAGUUCACAAUCAACCUUGCAUCAUACAAAUAAUUUUGUUGGUACUCCAGCACAUCAACAUCAAUCUUUGAUGGUGCCACACCAUCAUGCUCCGCCUCCAAUUCCAUAUCUCCCUCCUUUUCAUAUUCCACCAAGUCAUCAUCAUUCACAUGAAUUUCAAUCUUCUGUUGAAAUUACUCCUAUUGGUUUUGGUGAGAAUACAACAAAUCAAAAUGCUAAUUAUAAUCAAGAAAUCAGAGAUAAUCAACCUAAAGUAAUUGUUCCUAAUAUUGAAGAAGAACUAGGUUUUUUACAGCAAAAUCAACAACCAAUUCAAACUAUGAGCACUUUAAGUAAAGAUUUCAAACGAUCUAAUAAAGAUCCUAAUUCAGGAUUUAUGACAAGUUAUUUGAAAUUCUUACAAGGUGAAAGGGAACCGUCACCUCCACCUGCCAUACGUGGUGGUAGGAAAGCAACUUGGAGUAGGUCAAAACCGUAUAUUCCUGUAGAACCCAGUAGAUCAUUAGAAAGUUCAACAAAUGGAGAAACAAUGAAAAUACAAUCAGAGAAGCCACCUCCACCUAAAGAAACGCCAGUAAUUGAUUAUACUAAUGAUCCACGAUAUUUUCCUUUACCUAAAGAACGAAAGAAACAGAAUUUUGAUUCAAGUGAUGAUGGUUUUACUAGUGAUGAUGAUUUUUUGUUUCCUCCUAAAAAAUCCGAUAAAAAAGUAAUGAAUACAAAUACUUCUAAUGUAACAGAAAUAACAACUAUAAAACCAGAAGGUAAAUCUAAAAAGGGAAGACCAAUUAAACCUGGAGGACCAACAGAUAGAAAAAGAAGAGCUGCUGCAGCUGCAGCUGCAGCAGAAGCAGCAACAAUUUCUACAACUGGUAAAACUUCCAAAAAAUAUGAAGAAGUAGAUCCUUUACUUUUACCUCCGAGACGCGAAACAUCUAGAAGAAAAGCAAAGGAGAAAACAUCAGUGAAACAAUUUUUAGAUCGACAACAGGGUAUAGAUUAUUUUGAUAAUGACGAAGAACAGGGUGAUUCUGAUUCUGAUCCUGCUUGGACACCUGCUAUAAAGUUGGUUGGAGAUGAAGAAGAAAAGAAGAAAAAACGUGGGAGACCUGUUAUUACCAAAAAAAGUAGAAAAGUUUUGGAAGAAGAUGAUUAUUUUCCUAGUGAAGUUAUUGUUUCAAAGAAAUCAAGUAGAAAGAAACAUGAAACCCCAUCCAAAACUUCUAAUGUUACUGGAAAAUUGUCUUGUAAAAUAGAUGAAAAGCUUUUAGCAUCUAUUAGUGAUGAAGACAUUGAUAUUUCACCAUUUAAGCAUUCUGAGGAUGAAUUAGAUGAUGUGUCUGGAGAAUUUGUCGUAAUUAAAGCAGAUUUAGAUGAAGAAUAUCCUCCGCUUUGGAGAAUAGAUGGCAAAACAUUACUGCAGAAGUAUGAACCAUUUAAAUCUAAUGGCAAGACUUUAUAUCGAAACAUAUCUACGUACUCGGGUUGGGCACCGCAAAAUCGACACAUAUAUCAGCAAGUUCCAGUAAAGUUUUGGCAACAAGGCAAAACAGAAACUGUAGUAGAAUUUUUAAGAGAUGAAAUGAUUGUUGAUGAUAACGAAUGUAUUGAUAAAUCUAUGAAAGACACUGAAAAAUAUCAAGAUAAUUUUGAAGUAUAUAUUCAAACAUUGAUUUCACAAGCUUUGGAUUCUAACUUUCUUACAGAAAUAUUUCAAGAGCAAGAUGAUUAUUUCUUAUCAAAUGUUAAAACUGUCGACGAAGUAACAGAAGAAAGGAAACAACGUCUUUUGUCCACAACAAAAUGGCGAUCAAAUGUUAUAAAUGCAAUAUCAACUUGGCCAUGUCUUAAUGUUCUUAAAGAUUUACCAUUUACGGAAUAUAAGGGAAAAUCAUGUGCUGGGUGUCAACAAUCUAAAAUUCAUGCCAGAGUUCUAUUAUAUGGUCAACCAUAUAAUGCAACUACAUUGGAAGGUUCUCCACCUGAUCCAAGGAUACCUCAAGAAAAGGAUUUUUUAUUAUGUCGAGUGUGUCAAGCAAAGGUAGCUUUGUACAAUAAGGUUGCACAUCAGAAGUAUUUGAUGUUCUUGGAGUGUGCAAGAAGGGUAGCAGAUAAAAGAGUAGCAGAUCCUCAUAAAGAUACCACAAUAAUAUUGAAUGAACUAUUAGCAGAUGAAACAUGGUUAAAUCAAUUAUUUAAAGAAGUUAGAACAAUCUGGGCAGAGAUAGAUAAUUUGGAACACCAAGUUAGGACAAAGACAUGUUCAAAGUCAACAUUAUCUUCUACAGCGAAUAGUGCAAAAGAAAUGAAUGAAAGUGUCUCAAUAAUACAAACAACUGAAAUGACUGCUAAUAUUUCGGAUUCACAGGUGCCUACACAGAAAACCGAAGACAGUUCUGAAACAGUGUCUUGCGACGUGCAAAUGAACCAUUACAGGUUUAUUGGCGUGUCGAUUUAAUGGACAUGAAAAUAAUACCAGCCUCGAGACCAAACAAUUGAAUUAUUGUAUUUUGAGGAUGGUAUAUAUUUAAAUUUAAUUAAUACAACACGCUGUGACGAAUGGUGAAGUUAAAUGUUAAUGUGUAAUCAAGAAAUUGUAGUUAUAGUGAUAACAAGUAGUAAACGGCGAGGUAAGUAAAAAGUGAUUUGCGUAUAAAUAUCAGGCAUAUGUAAAAUAUUCAUCCCUACGUAAAAAUUAGAAAU